AUGGAAAGCAAGCUCAAGCCGUCGUCUGCUCACGUCCAGACCCCCGACGUGAGCGCCGGCGAGGUGGACGACGCGCGACACGAUGCCGUGUUUGGGAAACUCAAGCAAGACGGCCCCAACUUCCGCAACGUCGGCUGGCUCGGCACGGCGUGCUUGAUGAUGAAGGCCCAGAUCGGGCUGGGCGUCUUGUCGUUCCCGUCCGUGUUCGACACCCUCGGCAUGAUCCCGGGCGUGGUCCUGCUCUGCACCGUCGCCGGCAUCACCACGUGGUCAGACUACAUGGUCGGCGUCUUCAAGCUCCGGCACCGCCACGUCUACGGCGUCGACGAUGCCGGCCAGCUCAUGUUUGGGCGCGUCGGGCGGGAGCUGUUUGCCGUCGCCUUCAUGGGCCAGUACGUCAUGACGGCCGGGUCGGCCAUGCUGAGCAUCUCGAUCUGUCUCAACGCGCUGUCCGACCACGGCGCGUGCACGGCCGUCUUCGUCGCCGUCGCCUUCAUCAUGGUGUUUGUGCUCUCCAGCAUCCGCACCCUCGGACGCAUGACCUGGCUUGCCAUAGCCGGUGUCGUGGCCAUCAUCAUCGCCGUGCUCACCGUGACAAUCGCGACGGGCGUCCAGGACCGCCCUCCGACGGCCCCUCGCGACGGCCCCUGGCAGUCCGACUACAAGCUGUUUGGGAGCCCGACCUUUGCGCAGGCCAGCUCGGCCGUGUCGACGCUCAUCUUUGCCUACGCCGGCACGGGCGCCUUCUUCCCCAUCGUGUCCGAGAUGCGGGAUCCGCGCCUGUAUCCGCGGGCCCUGGCGCUCUGCCAGACCGUCAUCACCGUCGUCUUCUUGAUUGUGGGCAUCGUGGUGUACUACAAUUGCGGGUCGUACGUUGCCUCGCCUGCGCUCGGGUCCGCGGGCACCACCAUCAAAAAGGUCUCGUACGGCAUCGCCCUGCCGGGGCUGCUCGUCAGCGGCAUCCUCCUCGCCCACGUAUCAAACAAGUACGUCUUUGUGCGGAUCCUGCGCGGGUCGGACCACCUCACGUCCAACACGCUUACGCACUGGGCGACGUGGCUGGGCUGCAGCUUCGGCGUCUGCAUCGUGGCGUACAUGCUCGCCAGCGCCAUACCCGUCUUCAACGGCAUCGUGUCGCUGGCCGGGGCGCUGUUCGGCACCCUCCUGUCGUUCCAGCCCAUGGGGUGCAUGUGGCUCUACGACAACUGGAGCGGCGGCAAGGGCAAGGCGAGCCCGGGCUGGCGCUGGCGGCUGAUGGUGUGCUGGAGCCUGUUUGUCAUUGCCUCGGGCACGUUCCUCAUGGUGGCGGGCACGUACGGCAGCAUCGUGGGCAUCGUCGAUUCGUACAGGGCCAAGGGCGGGACGUCUGCGUGGUCGUGCGCGGACAACUCCAACUCGAGCUGA